AUGCGGCGUCGCUGCCUGUGGAUUAUCCAGGCAAUCGUCCUGUUAGGCCUGCUCGCUGCAUUUUACCUCAUACAAUUACAGUCCCAGGCGCUUCUACAGCAAGACCCUCUCACGACCAACCCUCUCAAGGUUGCCAUUCCACAGACAGUCCACCAACUCUUCAUCUCGACACCAGGAUCCCGCGGAUCCAGCUUCUAUCCGGAUAGACAUAGCACCUCGUGGCUCCAAUCAGGAUGGAAAGUCGAGUACUGGAGGGAGUCUUCCUGCCACGAACUUGCACAGGAACUCGAUGAUACUGGGUCAUACGCAGCCACAUUCCAAGCCCUACCCGCUCCUAUCCUGAAAUCCGACUUUUGCCGCUACUUGAUCUUAUUCGGGCGGGGUGGGAUUUACAAUGACCUCGAUGUCCACCUUCUCCACCCGUUGCCGUGGCCAGUCAUGGGUGCAGUCAACGAUGGUGUUGAUGAAUCACCCGCUGUGAUUGUGGGCCUGGAGGGCGAUGCUGCCACAACUGGCCUGCCUCGAUCUCCGCAGUUCGUUCAGUGGACCAUGGCAUCUGUUCCCGGUCACCCCAUCUUUCGUGACGUGUUGCAGUCCAUCGUAGACCACACAGCUCACUAUAUCUCCACUCAGACCGUGGAGACUGAUGCGGAUAUCGACGUGAUGGGCUGGACCGGUCCCAGUGCGUGGACAGAUGCGGUGCUGGGAUAUCUACAGUGCGAUGACGAACAAAUUCAGCAGCUCCGCGAUCUCCACGAGGUGGUUCGCGUUCGCGACGUGAUCAUCCUUCCGCGACGAUCCUUUGCUGUCCUUCAGGGCGAAGAUCAGACUGCACCAGAUGUUCUGGUUAAGCAUUAUUUCUCGGGAAGCUGGAAGACGUGUGCUCGAGAAUGGCUCCGCUGGCUGUGGCCGGGGGGUUGCUGAUUGCUGCAGGUCAUAAACAAAGAAAAAGGAAGAAAGAGGAAAACCCGCUGGAAGCAAUUAUUUGAUUUGAGAGUACUUCGAUUACGUUCGUAGUUAUACAAUCGUCUUGCUCGUCAUAGCAGCUGAUAGCCGAUCAUGAUAGGAGUGGCAAGCCGUCGUAGGGUCGCCUUCUCCAAAAUUCGUCGACAAGAGAACAUGGCCUUUUUAUUACUCCACCCUCACGAUUUCAACCGAUCAAAACAUCUGAUCAGAUACAUCUAGCCCUCGAUCAAGUUCGUCCGCCUCCUUGCGCAGUACCUCCGCCCGGAAUUUUCGGAAGG